AUGCUCCACAAAGUCAAAGCGAACGAAUCGUUGCUCGCACUCAUCGGAUGCGAUUCCAAUUACUUCCUCAAGACAUGGGACUGCGACUUGGAAAGCCUCGCGAAUGAAGCAGUGACAAACUGUCCCACGGCCGCAACAUUGAAUCCGACGGUUCGGCAGGCGUUACGAAUAGAAUACCUCUUGAGUUUAGAGAAAGUAGCACAAGAACAAGCAGAAAAAUGGGCUGCGGCGACGGCCGAUGCUCCUCCUCCACUGGCUGGUCCUGCUGAGUGGAAUUGGAUGAAUUUGGCCGUUUUCAAUGCAACCGCGGCUGAGGACGAGCUGAAGGCCACAGAAAAGGCAGUUAGAUCGUGGUGGGAUUUGAGAAAUAAGAUCGAUCAGGACGUCAUGAACGCCUUGAUGGACAACCGAAAUGUCACCACUCCUGCAACGGAAUUUGUAGAGCUGACCCGUGGAAAUUAUACCCAUGUGGGAUGUGCUGUAGCCGGAGGCGAAUUCAACUACAACGUCGUCUGUGCUUACAAAUUGAGGUAA